UAUAUAAUCACAGAUGAACAAGAACAAGAAAAUGAGCCACGAAUUGACGUACCGGUAGCUAUGUGGGAUUUCAAUCAUUGUGAUCCCCGACGCUGUUCUGGAAAGAAAUUGGCACGCCUCGGGUUAAUCAAGGAACUCAAGGUCGGUCAAGGAAGGUACAGAGGUAUCGUUGUCUCACCCAAAGGAUCUCAAGUAAUAUCUCCUUCAGAUCGCGAUAUCAUUGUCAAAAAUGGCCUCGCCGUUGUCGAGUGUUCUUGGGCACGCUUAGAUGAUGUACCAUUCGGGAAAAUAGCCAGUCCCCAUGAAAGACUACUGCCUUACCUUCUGGCCACGAAUCCAACCAACUACGGAAAACCCUGGCGUUUGAACUGUGUCGAAGCACUCGCAGCCGCAUUCUAUAUCACUGGUUUUGAUUCAUAUGCUGAAAUUUUAUUGGCCGGCUUCGGUUGGGGUGCAUCAUUCUGGAAAGUGAACAGACAUUUCUUAGAGAGAUACAGAAAAUGCUCAACACCGGCCGAAGUAAACGCGGCUCAAGACCAACUCAUGGAAGAGUUGGAGAGUAACUGGGUGGAAUCUCGAAGAGAAAAGAAUGCGCAUUCGAAUGACUCUGAAGAUCUUCUAUUCGAAAACCCGAAUCAUAGGAGGGAAUACGAGUCUGAUGAAGACGGGUCCGCUGGUGAAGAUUGGGAGCACAAUCCGAGGAGAGAAAGCAACGAGAAACGAGUAAAUGUGCCUGUUGGACCUCCUCCAUCUGAUUCUGAGAACGAUUCAGAAUGAGUAAAUGUGUACUUGUAUACAUUGGCCGCUAGUCAGUGGUAUGAAUGAUCUUACAUAGGACCUUCCCCGCUACAGGAACUGUAGUUGGCGGUAAAAUAAACAUAAAAAAUUGAAUCAUCAAUGGAAUUUGUUCAAUUUGAAAGCCCAUUCAUGAACGUUGAACGUUGAACUCCGGGCAAACUUGCUUUUGUUGAUUCAUUUCUUG